UUUUCAGUCAUCUUGCCGUGGAAUUUAGAUUUUGAGUGUUGAACGUGGGAGGAGGUAUUGAGUUUGUCCACAUCUCAUUUCCAUCUUAUAUGCACGUUAAUGUAAAUUUUUGCAUGUUCAACUAUAAUAUUAGUUAUGACUAAAAGCUCAGCAAACAAGUCGGUAAAUGGGGAAGUUUGUCACCAUGCUACAAACGGCUUAAAGCCGGGGAAGAACGGCUUCGUGAAGAACCGUUAUUUCGACCAAAAGCAACAGCACAAGUACCGCUACCCCGAGGAGAAGGACCAUCAUAUUGACUGCAAUGGAGGACUGUAUAAGCGGCCAUUCAAUGAAUCGUUUGAGGAGACUCCCAUGCUGGUUGCGGUCUUCACAUACAUGGGUUAUGGCAUUCUCACUAUAUUUGGAUACUUUCGGGACUUCCUGAGGGAAUGGAAAAUUGAAAAAUGCAACAUUGCCAGCGAACGAGAUGAACAAAAGGAUUUUGUACCACUUUAUCAGGAUUUUGAAAACUUUUACAACAGAAACGUGUAUUUGCGAAUUCGGGACAGCUUUAACCGACCCGUAUGCAGUGUUCCGGGGGCCAAAAUGGAUCUGGUGGAGCGAGUGUCCAAUGACUACAACUGGACCUUUGAGUACACGGGCAAAGUGCUGAAAGAUAUCAUCAACCUGGGCUCGUACAAUUACCUCGGCUUUGCUGAGAACACUGGGAGGUGCUCUGAAGCUGCUGCAGAGGUGACCAAAAAGUACGGAGUGGGCGUGAGCAGCACGAGGCAGGAGAUGGGUAACUUGGGCAUGCAUGAAGAACUGGAGAAGCUGGUAGCAAAAUUCCUGGGAGUGGAGUCUGCCAUGACCUUUGGCAUGGGUUUUGCAACAAACUCAAUGAACAUUCCAGCACUUGUUGGCAAGGGCUGUCUGAUCCUGAGUGACGAGCUGAACCACGCCUCCCUGGUGCUGGGAGCCAGACUGUCCAGAUCCACAAUCCGCGUCUUCAAACACAACAACAUGCAGAGUUUGGAGAAGCUCUUGAGAGACGCCAUUGUUCAUGGGCAGCCCCGGACUCACAGACACUGGAAGAAGAUCCUGAUCCUGGUGGAGGGAAUCUUCAGCAUGGAGGGCUCCAUUGUGCGACUUCCUGAGAUCGUGGCCCUGAAAAAGAAGUACAAGGCCUACCUGUACGUGGACGAGGCACACAGCAUCGGAGCGCUGGGUCCCAACGGGAGAGGGGUGGUCGACUACUUUGGGCUGGACCCCCAGGACGUGGACGUCAUGAUGGGGACCUUCACCAAGAGCUUUGGGUCAGCUGGAGGAUACAUUGCAGGAAAAAAGGAGCUGAUAGACUACUUACGUACACAUUCUCACAGUGCUGUCUACGCCACGUCCAUGUCACCCCCCGUGGUGGAACAAAUCAUCACUUCUAUGAAGUGCAUUAUGGGAGAGGACGGGACCACCUAUGGCAUUCAGCAGGUUCGACAGCUGGCGGAGAAUGCGUCGUACUUCCGUAGAAGACUCCAGGAAAUGGGCUUCAUCAUCUACGGGAACAACGACUCCCCCGUCGUUCCCAUGAUGCUCUACAUGCCAGCGAAACUCAAUGCGUUUGGGCGGGAGAUGCUGAAGAGGAACAUUGGGGUGGUGGUGGUUGGGUUCCCAGCAACGCCCAUCAUUGAGUCCAGAGCUCGCUUCUGUAUUUCUGCAGCGCAUACCAAAGAAAUGCUGGACAUGGCAUUGAGCGCGAUCUGUGAGGUGGGCGACCUGUUGCAUGCAAAGUAUUCCCGACGCAGGAUACUUCCCUCGCUGGAUCGAUCCUUUGAUGAAGAGACCACAUACGAAGAGACCGAAGACUGAAUGUCCUCCACAGCAACCAAACGUGCACUGCUCGUCUGAAGCGCUCGGUGAAAAUUCACAGAACCACUUAAUAUAUGGCCUGAGCCCCUUUUACCCUCCUUAUUUUCACACAUGGAGCUCAUGAUGGCCAAGCAGUGUCCAGAGAGAGAGCGCUUUCUGUUUCUUUUCCUUUUGUCUGAAGCACUGUUGGGUUUGUUGCUUAACUUAUUGUGGCCUUUUGUUUAUUCUCUACUGAAGACAGGCUGUCAGUGCGCUUGUAUGCACAAAUUGUUUUUUGUGCAGUAUCAACUCCAAACUAAUCAGAUUGAUACAUUUUAUAAAGAGAGCCAAGAAGAAAAAGAACAAACUGCCCACCUGGAUAUUUUUUAAUUAAAACUGCAGCAACUGCUGUCAGUCCAAAAACCACUGAGGUUUAUCAGUUUCUUUUUCUGUAUCAUUGCAAGUGAGCUUUCUUUCAUGUAGCCUAUCACAUAUCUGAUUGUCAACAGUAUUAUGUACAACUUUCAGUUAUGUAUUUUUGUAUAACUUGAAUUACUGCCAGGACCAGUUUCUAACUUGAAUCAAGGCUUUCUUGCUUAACCAAAGUUUUUAUUUAUUUUUUUCUGGAUUGGAACACAAAUCAGCAGCUUUGGAUAAUGUCAACGCAAAUGACUCCUCUGUGAGCAGCCGUAACUGCUGUCAAAAUCGCUUUCCAAAUGAUUCCACUUAGAUUCCGCUUUUUGAAAAGGGCUAAGACCUGUUAACUAAUUUUUUAUUCUAUUUUCAAAUAGAAAUUAUCAGGAUAAAUUUGUCAUAUAUUUCAGUACGGGACUGAUAUACUUAAAGUGUGAUCAUGUUCAUUAACUCCUACUAUUUCGACAGGUUUUCUUCAACUUACAUUUUGUACUGCCAAGCUUAUCUGUGCUCAUCUGUACUGUUUGUCAGUGGAGCCAGACCGAUAUUUUUAUCGGACAGCCAGUAUCUCAGACCAAUAAUUGCAUUUUUGGACCAUAUCUGUAUCGGAAACCAAGGUCAACAUGUAUGUGGCUGAUGCAUACAACUGAUAUAUAUUUUUACAUAUAAUGCUUCUUGCUGUCUCAUGUGACUUAGAACGUUCACUGCCGAUAGCGUGCUGCCUUUACUCAGUCAGAGAGCAGAGCUGGAGGAAGACUGUUCAAGCUGACGAGGGAGAAUAAGCUAUGAGUCUCUUGCUAGCUAUUUGACUAUUGUCAUAAGUAACACAUAUUAACUUAAAUGUUCCUCAUUUAUUAUUUGUGGUCAGUAAUAAAAGUAUCAGCCUGUUGACUCUCAAUAAUUGUCUGCACACUGCCGAUGAAUGUUAGCUAACAUUGCUGGCUAGCUAACGUCAGCUAACAAUUGACUAGUAAAGUUAUCCCACCAUCUGCUAACAUUAUCAUUCAUGAAAGUGCCAAUGCAGAUGUGAAACAUAUCUUUUGGACAGUGCCCAUUUAGAAUUACCUCUGUAAUUUAGUUAAUUGAGGCAUUUAUUUUCAUAUCGAAUAAGCUUGAUGGCAAGCAGUAGAUAGCAGAGAGUAAGCAAGUCACAAGUGGGCCACUUCAUGCAAAGUUAGCAAGCCAUUGACAUUUUUGCUCCUAGGUUUUCCAGCGGCCUACUGGCAUAUUCAGAACCUUUUUGGGACAUAUACCCGCUCAUUUGCUGCUUGUUUAUCACAUAUUAUAGUCAGCAGGGUACUUUUGGUCCCCGUUUUCUCUUAUUUAUAGCCUACAGUAAACGUAUUUCUAAAGAUUAGAAACUGAUACAAAUCAUGGCUUUUUGUGAAAAGAAUUUUUAAUUCCAUGCAUUGUCACGAUAGACUAAUCACAGCAGAUAAAUCAUCAUAGGUUUUCCCCUCACUGCUGAUUCCCACUGACGAGACGAGAGGAGGCCCUGGCAGGUGCAAAUGCAGAGGAGCUAUGCGUCUUGUUUUAUUAUGUAUCACUAAUUGACUGGCAGUAUUGAUGGCGCGUAAUCGAUUGAUGUUCAGCACACUGAUGUUUACUGAAGUCACAAUGUAAAAUUGGUUGAGAUAAUGUUAAUUAAAAAAUCUUUAAUAAAAGUUGUUUAAGAAAGCAGCAGCCUUCUGAGUACCUGUCAUAUCAGUGCAAAAUUGAUGCACAAUCCACGCAGAAAGGUCUAUUUUCAUUCCAGCUCAAAAAUUCACUGUUUGCUUGCCAUUAUCGGUAUUCUCUGAAUUUUCCCCCUCUAAAAUCGAUGUUGGUCUCAAAAAUCCCACAUGGGUCAGGCUCUACUUGUCACUGCCAAAGACAAAGGGUGUUUUAAAAGCUUUCUAGUCUCUGAACUGUGUUGACCUCGUUGUAAGGGAGGGAUUCUUAAAGUGAUUCACAUCCCCUGGGCGCAUCUUUUUUAUUUUAAGCUUCACUUUUUUUUUUUUUGGAAGAAAAUGGCAGCUCCAAACAAACUCACCAAACCUGCUGGGUUUACAGUUAAAAAAAGGGUGCUGAAUUGAGCAUAUUUCAGUGUUUUGUGACUUGUCUUAAAAACAGGAGUCAUUCCAGAUUUAGUUUAAAAUGACUAGCUUAAUUGUAUGAAUUGGUCUUUACCUAUUGUUCAUACUGUAAUGCAUCAAAGUAUGUCAGAUAUGUAAUGACAAAAAAUAGCAAGUCAACUGAAUUGUUAAGUGUACAAAGAUAUCAAUUUAAAAUUUGAAUGAUACAUGUUAAAGUUGCUUUUUAAAAGUUGAAAACUCACUGCUGGAUUAAUAUUUUCUCUCUAUUCUUUUUGUAUUCUUGUUUGCACUCCAGAGAACAUGGUAUGGUAAUGACAAGCGCAUAAAUUGUGUCAAAACAGUGCAGGUGCUGUCAGGGAAAGUGUAGUAAAUUAGAGGCUUGGAUAUUGGACUGCUUUGAAAAUACAUGUGUGUUGAAAUGUAACUAGCUACCAAUAAUGCAUAGAAAUGAUACUUUUUGGAUUAACACUGUUUACUAGUACAUAUUGCAGACUAUUUGUCAUGUUUCACUUCUUAAAACAAUCUUAUGUUUACUUAUAGUCCUUCUGUUUACUUUGUACCUUUCAAUUUCCCAUCACCCCCCUCCCCCCCAAGCCCCAUAUGCCUGAUUUUCAGCAUAUGCCCUGUGCAUGGCCCUGGUGUGCUACAAAUAUUGUAAUGUCCAAGUAAUAAAUUGGAUAAUGCCCUCCUCAGAUGUGAAACUUACUGGAUUUAUCAUCUUCACACACUUGCUUAACAUGGAGUUCUAUAUAUACCCUUUUGUCUGAGUGUGUAUUUAUGGCUACUGUGUAUUGUGUGUACUAUUCUCAGUGUUUAUACUAUUCUAUAACUUACCUGGCUGUACCGUUUUCUAUUUAUUUAAUUAGUUUGGGGGAGGUAUGUCAUGUUAUUUUCUAUGUCUAUAUUCUGGCACUUAUUUGAGAGGCACUACGCAUAGAGAAUAUAGCCUAUGCAGGUUAUAUGUAAUACCUGUCAGGCCACAUACACCUAUAUUCUUCUGGGCUAGUCUUUGUAAAUGGGCUAGUGAGCAGCACACACGUAUUGUUCCGAUGAAGGCUUGCUAGCCGAAACAUUAACUCCACUGUAUUAAAGCUUUAUUUUUGGAGCACUA